UUCUGCUUGAUUAUGUGAAAGUCUCUCAGACCAUAUCCAGCUCCAGACAGCUUCCUCGUCAUGUUGUUCAGUCAGUGGGCUCUCCUUUUGACCGUGUGUAUGCUUCAGCCACGGCGGGUUUCUUCUUUUAACCUGGACACGCAGAACGUGAUGAAGAAGAGUGGCGAAGCUGACACUUUGUUUGGGUUUGCUAUGGCCAUGCAUCAUCAGCUCAAGCCUUCAGAGGAGCGCGUAUUGCUGAUUGGAGCCCCUCGUGCUAAAGCAUUCCCCGGUCAAAAUGCCAACAUAUCUGGAGGUCUGUACAGAUGUAAAUUCACACAAUCUAAUGAUUGUGAACGCAUUCAAGUUGAUAUAAAAGAACGUUCAACAAACAAUCCUGGAAAAGAUUAUAGAGAAAAACAAUGGCUGGGUGUCCGUGUCCGAAGUCAGGGACCAGGAGGCAAAGUAGUGACUUGUGCCCACAGGUACCAGGAUUGGAGUUUUGAAAACCAGCGUUUAUUGGGCAGAUGUUUUGUCCUGGAACAGGACCUUACCUUGAUGACGGAUGGAGAGUCCACUCGAACAAUUUGUAGGAAUCGGCAACCAGAUAAGCACAAGUUUGGCUACUGUCAACAAGGCGUCUCUGUAGCAUUUUCCAAAGACAACAGAUAUCUUGUUUAUGGAGCUCCAGGAGCAUAUGACUGGAAAGGCAUCGUGCACAUGGAGCCUGUUGAUGACUUCUCUAUAGAGGCCUAUGAAACGGGAGAUCAUAAUCAGCGUGAACACAGGCUUAUUCCUGUGGACAUCAGCAGCUUUUUAGGCUUUGUUGUCGAUACUGGGAUGAACCUAAUGAAGAAAGGAGAGCUGAAUGUCGUUGCUGGGGCUCCGCGCUCAAACCACAGUGGGGAGGUUUUGCUGCUGAGAAUGGAAGAAAAGGCAGAAAUGAGGAACUUGAAAGCGGAGUACAUCCUUCAAGGCCCAGGUUUGGCCUCCUCCUUUGGAUAUGACCUCACUGUUCUUGACAUAAACUCAGAUGGGUGGGAUGAUCUUGUUGUGGGUGCACCGGAGUUCUCCAACAUAAGCUUGGAGGAAGAUGUAGGAGGGGCUGUGUAUGUUUACAUCAACCAACCCAAAGGGCAACGCUGGAACCAAAUCAAACCAGUGUGUCUGUACGGGAAAAGGGACUCCAUGUUUGGACUAGCAGUGGCACAUAUUGGGGAUAUCAAUCAAGAUGGAUACCAAGAUUUUGCAGUGAGUGCUCCUAAUGAGGAUGCAGGCAGAGGUCGAGUGUACAUAUAUCAUGGUUCAGCUGCAGGGUUUCAUAAAAAACCAGAGGUUUUAGAUGCUGGAAACCCUGGUAUCAAAUCAUUUGGCUAUUCUUUGGCUGGAAACAUGGAUAUAGAUAAUAACGGCUAUCCAGACCUUGCUGUGGGUUCACUUUCAGAUACUGUGCAAGUUUACAGGUCUAAACCAGUGGUAAACCUAGAAAAGACCUUAACAUUAACACCAAAUGCUAUUGAUUUCAAGGCCCAGGGCUGCAAGAGAUCUUCAUGCUAUAUUACAGCUCAGUCCUGCUUCAAUUACACUGCCCCGACACCUACAUACAAUCACAAACUGAGGAUCAAGUACACACUAAAGGCUGAUACGGUGCGGAUAGAGAGGGGUCUACCUUCACGAGUGGUCUUUGAGAAUUCUGUGGCUGCACAGGGAGACCAGGAACUGUCUGUCCAGGGCAAACGAGAGUGCGUCCAGACCAAGCUUAGGCUGCUGGGAGAUAUCCAGGACAAGCUGACCAUCAUUUCCAUCAGUCUGUCUGUUUCUUUGCCGUCCAACAAUCCGAAACAGACAUUCAGAAACCUCCCUAGCUUAGAGCCAGUUCUGAACGCUCUGCAAGAAAAUGCAACCAAAGCAGAAGUCACCUUUAUAAAUGCCGGCUGUGGAAGUGACAACAUCUGUCAAAGUAACCUGAAGCUCCAGUAUAGCUUCUGCACCAAAGACCAACAAGAAGACAAAUGUGACCCUCUAGCCAUGGAAAAUUAUAUUCCUGUCAUUUCUCCUGGUGAUGAGAACAUUGCCCUGGAGGUCACUGUAACCAACAAAGGUGGAGAUGAUGCUCACCAGAGUCAACUUUCUGUGGCGUUUCCAGAAUUUCUGCGCCUCUCAUCAGUUGAGCUGAAGAAGAGUAGUGAAACACAGGUGCAUUGCAACCCCAAUGAAAAUAAAACACAGGCCAACUGUCAGCUUGGAAAUCCCUUUAAAAGAGAUUCAGAGGUCUCAUUCUUCCUUAUUCUUGCCAUAGAAAGGAUUUCCUUGAGAGUAACAAGCGCAAAUGUGACUAUGUCCCUUAAAACGAUCAGCAUUCAAGAUAUUCCAGUAGUCAUUACAGAAGUAAAAAUUGCCUUUGAACUGCAUCUGAAAAUCGUUGGUCUUGCUAAACCUUCCCAAUUAUUCUUUGGAGGAGAAGUAAAAGAUGAGAAAGCAAUGAAAUCAGAAGAUGAUAUUGGCUCUUCGGUCCAAUAUGAGUUCUGGAUCAGUAACCUUGGUUGGCCUCUGAAGUCCUUCAGUUCUGUUGUGCUGAACAUUCAGUGGCCAAAAACAACAAAGGAUGGAAAACGGCUCCUGUACCUUGUGCAGAUCAAGGAUCAAGGAAAAAAUAUUAUUCACUGCACACCAGCAGAGGUCAUCAACCCACUCCAAUUUAUCAAGGCGUCAUCCAGAGGACGGCGUGAAGCAGAGCAUGAACCAGACCUGAAGGCUCUUGUUUCCACAUCAGAUUUUAUCCCCUUUUUGGGCAACGAAAGAAAGUAUCAAAUCCUGACAUGUGCAGCUGAUGACUUGAGAUGUGUGGAUAUAAAGUGCCCUCUUGAGGCAUUGGACAGCACUACUGCUGUUGUUCUUCAUGCACGCUUAUGGAACAAUACUUUUCUUGAGGACUAUAGUUCAUUGAACUACUUGGAUAUUGUACUGGAUGCAUUUUUGACUCUUAAUGGGACUCAGGAGAAUAUUAGGAUGAAGCAAUCUGAGACUAAAGUUAAGGUGAAGCUAACUGUUUUUCGUGAAAUAAAGCCUGCUUUGUUCAGUCGAGUCCCAUGGUGGGUCAUUUUUUUGAGCAUAAUGACUGCACCGCUGUUACUGGCUCUGUUCCUUUACCUGUUAUGGAAGUUUGAAUGCUUGAAUUGUGGAAUUUGUGCCAAAGAAAAAAACGUAUAACAAGAAUUGGGGCAGAAACAUGACAACCAAACAGAGCUGAGUCUCCUCAGGAAGAUGGACAAAACUGUUUUUUGAUUUUGUGGAGAUUUUAUUUUUUCCUGCACAGGUCAAAAAAAAAACUUUCUUUCUUUCUUUUUCUUUACACAUUGUGUAUGUUUUCUUAAAUUAAAAUUUAAGAAUGAAUAACUCGAUUAUCUACAAACAAAAAGUUAUAAACAGCAGGUUGUAUCACUAAGGAAAAAGGAUGCUACUCUGCACAUAUAACAUUUUACUAACAUUGCUGGUCAUCUUAUAGUGUUAAUCAUAAAUCUGAGUUUUUAACGCAGUGAAAGAACAAAUUACUUUUAUACAGUAAUGUGCAUUGUCUGUAAUAUUGUUGGGGGUACAGUAAAAUACCCUUUUGUGAUGUGAUGGAUUUGACUGUGAUGACUCAAUUAUCAUGGAGAGGGAGGUGGAGGUGUGCGCAGGAACAUCAUGAGGGCAGGUGUAAAGAUGAGGAUGGUGCCGAGCACAGAGACGGUGAGGAACGCCCAGAGAAAAAUCCUGUCCAACACCUGAGCCACAAACUUCCAGUCUUGUACUACCUGGAAGAGGCAAAGAAUGUGCAUUAUCAUCAUAAUUAUCAUGACCUGCAUCUUCAUAAAUUAAAUAAUGGUCAAAACUAAACAGUCAUUAGUGCUAAAAAAAAAAAAAAAUUUUAUUCCUGUAUGAUUAUGUUUUGCUUUUCACCAUAAUACAGGUACAUUUGUAUCAUUCUCUGUUGCACUUGUACACAAAGAAAAAGGGAUAGUUCACAAAAAAAAAAAAAAUCAGUCCAUGAUUUAAAUAAAUAAUGUAAAUAAAGGACUUCAGAAGUGAAUCGAUUCGUUAGUGUAAGAAAAUUAUAGAUUUUUACUAAUUUAUAAACCGUAAUCUCCAGCUUUCGGUCACUUAAGCAGGCAUGUUCAUGACAAGGCGUUCGAGCAUAUGACAUAGGUGUAGAGGAAGGCAGAACAUAAGCUCAGGGGAGAAAAGUGUAGUCUUGCAAGAACCAAGUUUUAUUUACAGCACAAGGAAACCACGUGAACUACAUCUGCAGUUUGUGCCACCGGGCACUGCAGCCUCCUUUAUCUCGCAGAGUUCCUGGUCAGUAUACUCCGGUUCAAACAAGUAUGGCUGGGCAAAAAACAUAUUCUCCUCUUGCCUUAAAUCGAAAUCAUCAGACUUAUGUUGUGCCUUCCUCUAUGCUUACAUCUUACACUUAAACGCCUUGUCAUGAACGCAGCUGCUUGAGUGACCAGAAGCUGGAGAUUAAUAAAUAAUACAGUUAAUAAAUAUUUUAAAAUCAAUAUUUUUCUUACACUAACGCAUCGUUUCACUUCAGAAGGCCUUUUUUAACACCCCAGAGCCAUGUGAAGUAUUUUCAUGAUGGAUGGAUGCAAUUUUUAGGCUUCUAAAACAGGCACCAUUCACUGCCAUACAGCUUGGAAGAGCCAGGACAAUUUUAAAUAUAACUGCAAUUGUGUUUGUCUGAAAGAGGAAUGUCAGCUACGCCUAGGAUACCCUGAGCGAGAGUAAAUCAUGGACUAGUUUUCAUUUUUGGAUGAACUGUUGCUUUAAGAGAAUUUUUAAGUUCCAUACAACUAUGUAAAUACUGUGUAAAGUAUUCCUUACUUUGGAAAUACUGUGGAAAAUGUCACAAUUUAAUGCAUAUUUUCUGAAUAAAAAACAUUUUAAAUCAAA